AUGUGUUCUCGAAAACGUAAGGUUUCGCCACAUUCGUCGACUAAUACUGAUUUGCACCGCUUUUUCGGUCAAAGUACUGUCAUCAAAAAGAAGCUAAAACAACAAUUAGAUCGUUCCUUAUUUGUUUAUCCAUUUCUGACUGCUUAUCCUAUACCUACGUUUGAUUUAUCAUUAUCAAUUAAUGUUAAACAACAAAAAGUGAUUAAUGAUAAACCACAAUUAGAUUUAAUCUAUUUUAAAUCCUUUAUUCAAUCAUCAACAGAUCAAGAACUUUAUAUAUAUUUAUUAACAUCAUUGCCAUGGUAUCGUGUAGAAUAUACGAAAGAAAAUUUAAAAAUAUCGACACCGAGAUAUACAACAGUAUUCGGAAUUGAUGAGACAAAACAACCGGCAGAAGUAUACCAGAGACCACCAAGAGAGAUACCACUCGUAUUACAGGAAUUGAAAGAUCGCGUUGAACGUGCUACAUCUGCCACGUAUAAUUUUGUAUUAUGUAAUUAUUAUUCAUCUGGUAAUGAUUCCAUUAGUUACCAUAGUGAUGAUGAACGAUUUUUGGGUGUUAAACCAACAAUUGCCUCACUUUCGUUGGGAUCACAACGUGAUUUCUAUAUGAAAAAUAAGCAAGAUGCUAAAAUAACGCAAAAUUUUUUAUUAGAAUCCGGUGAUUUAUUAGUAAUGCGCGGCGAAACACAAGCACAUUGGUUACAUUCGAUACCGAAACGAACACAUGCUCAAGGACGAAUAAAUGUGACAUUUCGUCGAGCAAUGAUUCCAGAAGGAACGAAUAAUUAUUAUAAGUAUAAUGUCGGCGAUGGACAAAUAUUUCGAUUUUUAAAUGGAAUAAUGACAAAAUAUGAAGAAGAAGAAUCAUAA